AUGAAUUUUGGAAAAAAAAUGGUGUUAGUUGAUUAUGAUGAAGCCAAAAAAUGUGGACUGAACUCUAAAGGAUGUCAUGAUGUAUUCGAUAUUAAGGGUUCAAAGAUGAUUUCUAGUAUUCACGAUAGCAGUACUGAUCCUAAAACAGCGUUUAAUAAAAAAUCUGAAGAAAUUUUGCAUCAGUCAUAUUUGAGUGAUGAUGAGAAAGUGCAGCAGUUUAAUAAUUUAUUGACUCAGUAUUUAAGCCAUACAGAGAGCGAAAAAAUCCGCAAGAAGCGAGAACUUGAAGAAACAGGAGCAAUUGUAAAGAAAAUUUUGGCUACGGAAUCACCAGGGAGUGAGGAACCUCCAAAACAAUUUAAAGCACACAAAAGUCAACUUUUUCUCAUGAAUAGUCUGCCUAGUGAGGCUCAAAAAAUAAGAUUUGAAGAUAAUAUAAAUCCUGUUAAUUUUCCGGAAUAUUCAGGACAGAGUGUCAACCGUAAGAGACCAGAAUUACCUCAAUCGCCAGCAGGGACUUCUCAAAAUAACACUGUUUUAGGACAAGUUCUGUUGUUAAAUGAGAAAUUAAAAAUUCUGGAAGCUAAAUUGACACCUAAACCGAAUAACUCUACAGAUAAAAAAAAAGCCUUGGAGAAGAUUGUUCCUAUGGAAAUAUCUUUUUCAGCAGAUACCCCUAGAGGCCCACGAAAAGCGAUAAAACGGAAAUUAAUAACUGAUUCGACCCCCAAACCCUCCCGAAAAACAAAUAGAAAGAAUCCACACCCAAGAGGGCAUGAAGUAAUCAAGAAAUGGCAAACAAAGUCACGCAUGGAGCUGAUGGAACUACAUUAA